AUGGAUGAAGAAAUGAUGAAUAUUCUUGCCGAGUCGAAUGAUUCGGAAGAAGUCCUAAUAUCAGAAGCCGAAAGCGCGCAGCACUACCAAGAAGAAAUAUACCGCUGCACUUUAUUGAAUACGAGUUGUGAAAUUACAUCCGCUGGUGUUACUGUAUCGAAUAGACCGGAAGUAGGUAGAAUUAAGUUACCUAAGCUAGAUUUACGAGUUUUUAAUGGAGAAUUAGAGGAGUGGCUCGGCUGGUGGGCUCACUUUGAAAAGAUCGACAAAGCUUCUUUGGACGACGCAGAGAAAUUUCAAUAUCUGGUGCAGGCUCUGGCAGGACCUGCGAAAGAAUUAGUUUUAGGAUUCCCGCCAACGUCUGAAAAUUAUCCUAAGGCUUUGAAUUCCCUAAAAGAACGUUACGGAAACCAAGAUUUAUUAGGCGAAUUGUAUACGAGAGAUUUAUUGCAGCUUUGCAUACGACAGUCGAAAUCUAGACAGGAUAUUCUUCAAAUUCAUGAUAAGGUUGAGACAGCAUUACGUUCUCUAGAAAGUUUGCAAAUUAAUAUGAAAGAUUGUGCUCCUAUAAUUACCCCAUUAGUUGAAUCUACUCUUCCUGAGGAAACGCUCAAAGCAUUUCGACGCGCAUUACCUGUUGAGAAGCAAUCAUCUAAAGAUCGACUAACAUUUUUACUGCAAUUCCUGAAAAAAGAAAUUGAUACAGAGCAGAGGGUAAAAUUAGCUUCUAGAUGUUUUGACCCUUUUCCGACACGAACGCGUACAGCUCAAGUACUACAUACUAAAGAAAGAACCUUUGAAAAUAUUUGUAUUUUUUGUGAAAUACCCGGACAUAAAGGAAAAAACUGCAGGAAGGCGCUUAGGAUGAAAAUAGACGAUAAGAAGGCUAUUUUAUUGAAGAAGGGAGCAUGCUUUAUAUGUACCGAAAAAGGACAUACCCUCAAAGAUUGUAAAAUGAAUGAAAACUGCCCUGUUUGUCAGAAGAGACAUGUUUUACCUAUGUGUCCUGUAAACCGUUUCUAUUCGACUGGAAGAGGAGUUCCACAAGAAGAAAAUAAGAGUGAAGUACAACCGAAUCCUGAAAAAUUCGAAAAUAAGGAAACAUCUUCAAACUCGGUAGUUAUGUCAGUUGCUACGAUUUUGCCAACAAUUUUAGUUCCAAUUAGAGGAAGAUGGGGACAAGUCCGCACAGUACAAGCCCUUGUAGAUUCGGGAUCUCAGAGAUCAUAUAUAAUUAGUAGAGUCGCGACAAAAUUGCAAUUGCCUAUUAUUGGAACUGAAAAAGUAGCAUUUGCCCUCUUCAGUGGAGUAACAUCAAAAGAACAAGAACUGAAUUGCUAUAGAAUUACAGCUCAAUCAAGAGACACUAUUUUAGAAAUGGAUGUAUUAGGAACAGAUCGAAUAACCAACUAUACCACGCAGGUUAAUGUUAAAAUUGAAGGAAAAGAAACAGAAAUUAGAGCUAGUAGCGGUCCAAUAGAAAUGUUGAUAGGAGCUGAUUAUUUCGGUUCUCUACUGACCGGAAACCGACGAGUUUUAGAUAAAAAUCUCACGGCAUUUGAAACUUUAUUUGGUUGGACUGUGUUAGGAACACCCUCUGCACUUAGAACCCUCUCAACGUGUGUUGCGAUAAAUCACGUAGAAGAAAUACACGACCUUGAAACUAAAUUCUGGGAAUUGGAACUUCUUGGUAUUAAAGAUGAUGCAAUACAAUGUGAUAAAAAAGAAGAGAUCAUGAGAAAUUUUUAUGAGAAUUUGAAGUACGAAAAUAAACGCUAUACUGUUUCGUUACCUUGGAAAAAUGAAGUUCGUCCUCCGCCCAAUCGAGCUCUAGCUGAAAGGAGAUUAAGAAGUGUAUCCAGUAGGAUGACUCCUGAAUUAUAUACCGAAUACGAUGCAGUUUUGAAAGAUUGGAUACUGACUGGUAUUUUAGAGGAAGCUGAAGAUAACGAUAAAGGACACUAUCUUCCGCACCGAGCUGUCGUACGUGAACAAAGUAACACAACCCGAGUGAGACCUGUUUUCGAUGCAUCCGCGAAAAGCGGGUUUUUGCCUUCGUUGAAUGAUACCCUCUCUGAAUGCAUAAAUUUUAUUGAAUUAUUGCCAAUAAUUCUCUUAAGAUUUAGAGAAAAUUUAAUCGGUUGUUGUGCCGAUAUUGAAAAGGCUUUUCUUAGAAUUAACGUGGAGGAAAAGGAUCGCGAUUUUUUGAAAAUACUUUGGUGGAACGAGGAAGGAGAGAUCAUUUCAUUAAGACAUACCAGAGUUGUAUUCGGCCUAAAACCGAGUCCAUUUUUGUUAUGUGCAGUAAUCAAGACUUAUUUGAAUAAAUUGAAAGACAGCAAUUUCAAAUUUCCUUGGGUAAUUGAAAAGAUGAGUAAUUCGUUUUACAUGGACGAUCUAGUCUGCAGUGUGAAUUCUAAGGAAGAGUUAGAUGAAUUUUUAAUUCAAGCUAAAAAUGUUAUGGAGUCUGCUUCGAUGAUUUUGAGAAAAUGGAAAUUUAGCGGUUGCGAUACACAUGACGUGACAGUUUUAGGAAUCCUCUGGUCUACGGACACCGACGAAUUAGGAUUAAACAUUGAUUGGUGGGAAGAAGAAAAGUUGCAGAAGCGGGACACCAAGCGUCGUAUUUUAAGUUUGAUUCACAAGCUAUUUGAUCCUAUUGGCAUAGUAUCGCCUGUGUCAAUAGUUCCUAGAAUUUUUAUGCAGAAGAUUUGGAAGAAUAAAAUAGAUUGGGAUACCCCAAUCAAUGAAGAAGAUCGAAAAGAAGUUGCAGAUUGGUGUAAAGAUAUUCAUUUGUUGAAGAAGGUUAAAAUUCCACGAUUACUAGGUAAUGUAGAAACGAUUAAAGGUGUUCAUGUCUUUUGUGAUGCCAGUAAGGCUGCUUAUGCCUGCGUUAUACUUGUAGUAAUCGAAGAUGAUGAUAGGAAAAUUGAUGUUCGUUUUGUUACCAGCAAAGCUAGGGUAGCUCCGAAAAAUGUAACAAUUCCAAGAUUGGAACUGAUGGCCGUUUUAAUCGGUGUAAGAUUGUUAAAAUCAGUCUUAGAUUCAAUGUCUUGGAAGGACAAACCUGUAUUCCUGUGGUCCGAUUCAACUACAGUCAUACAAUGGAUAAAGCGAAAUGAAGCGUGGUCAAUUUUUGUAAAGAACCGAGUCACAGAAAUUCGCAGAAAUUUGGCACCCCAUGUAACUAUAAGGCACGUACCUGGGGCUAAUAACCCGGCAGAUUUACCAUCGCGUGGAUGUAGUAUUAAGAAAUUUAUAGAAUGUAAAUGGUGGGAGGGACCAUCAUGGAUACGAAAUUUAGAAGAAUGGCCGUAUGAAACAGAAGCUUUAGAUGAAAUAGAAAUUGGUCUUGAAAUGAGAAAGAUUGAAAAUGUACAUGUUUGCACUGAAAAAUUGAAUUGGAAAGACCAUUUCUUAAUACGCUACUCUUCGUUUCAAAAAGCAGUUCGAGUUCUAGCUUGGAUACGUAGAUUUUUUAGAAAAUUUCGAAUAGGUGAGCAUCUCGAGCCAGAUCUCACUGUAGAAGAAAUAGGAAUGGCAGAGGAACACAUAUUUAAGCUUAUACAAACGGAUUUAAGAACCGAUAGAAAUAACUUAGAAACAUUUAGAGAUUCCAAAGGAUUGGUAAGAUUGCGAACCCGUAUUGUUAAUCGAGAUGAUAAUGAAUUAUUCCUGUGCCCGAUUGUAUUGCCUGGAAGCAACGAAUUAGUCUAUCGAUACAUUCGUGAGCAUCAUGAAAGAAUGGAACAUCAAGGAGUGCAAUUGCUCUUGAAUGAUAUAAGAGAAAGGAUUUGGGUGAUAAAUGGACGACGUAUCGUUCGGAAGGUAGUAAAUUCGUGCGUCAUUUGCCGAAGGUUUAGUACUAAGAAUUUAGAACGACCCACACCCCCAUUACCUGUGAACAGGAUUAAAGAUGCGGCCUGUUUCGAAGUUAGCGGUGUCGACUUCUGUGGACCGUUUUUACUGAAAACUGGAGAAAAGGCCUGGAUUGAUUGGCAGAGAGCGCCCUUCUGA